CAUUCAAAUAUUCCAUUAUAUUCUUAAUAAUAAAUUUACAUGACUAGAAACAUUGUAACCAAAAUAAUAAAGUUUUUCACAAUUAGUAUAUAUUUACAAUUUUAUGAUUAAUUAUCAAGAAUAACAAAUAUUUAAUUGAUCGAAAUAUCUAAAAAAUGAUUUAAAAUAUAAUUUGAAUUUUUAGAAAACUAUAUAUAAAUAUCGGAAAAUGAUAUAAAAUGUAUAUUAUAAUAAUGAAUUGAUAUAAAUUAUAAUAUGAUAAAAAAUAUAAAAGGAAACUUGAUGAACUAUUACAAUAAUACAUAUCAGAAGAUAUAUCACACAUUUCAUUUAUAGUUAAUAAUUUUGAAGGAGCUGCACAAUUGAAAAUAAAGCUAAACAAAGAUAACGAUUGGUAAUAGUUUGGAGGAAACGAGAGAUCAGGAAAUUGUGAACUGCAGACUGUGGAUUGCGGGAAGCAGCACAGGCCAGUCAGUCCACUAAACAAAACAUGGACGCCGUGGAAAUAAAUACCUCCGAUCCGUCACAAAACGAAGAGGGCACUGUGUCGACGGUGGAAAUAUGUCGCGUUUGUCUUCUUGGCAAUGUGGUAAUGCGAGACUUGUUUUUGGAAAGUGAGGUUGCAUCCUUAUCAGCAAAAGCAAUGAGUUUUGCUAAUGUUAAGAUGUUACCCGGGGAUGGUUUACCAACGCGUGUAUGUUGGAUGUGUGCGGAUAGACUUGAAUCUGCGUAUGAGUUUAAAUUACAGGUGGAACAAGCGGAUACGGUUCUCAGAGAAAAAUUUGUUACUAUGAAUAUGAAAGAAGAGUUAUUUUUUAAUGAAGUUGAAGUACAUUUAGAGGCAGGAGAACAAAAUGAAAAUAUAGGAGAAAUGCAUGUAGAAAAUGAUUAUCAAAGCGCCAAUACACUUACAUCAAUGUCUAGAGAAGAGAAAUCAUCGCUUUUGAAGAAUCAAUUAACUUUGUUACAGACAGAAAAAUUAAACGAACAAGAAGAACAAUCUAUAGCAGAACAGAAUUCUAGCACGGUUAUAGAGGAAGUAAUUGAUCAAGCGAUUACUACUGAACAGACAACAGAAGAUUGCAUGAAUCAUGAAGAAGAAGAUAUUAAAAUUAUCACAAACACUCCCAAGAAUGAAGAAAUAUUAAAACACGAAAAUAGAGAUAGUGAUUGUCUUGAAAAUAUUUCAACAGUGGAACAUGAUUAUAUAUUACAACAGAAAUGUAUAUUAUCUAAUGCGAAUCAACAAGAACAACUACAACAACGUCAUCAUCAACUUACUAAUUCUGAAGAAUCAUUUCAGCGUGAAGAUUGUACAGAAUAUGUAAAUUUGUUGGUAAAAGCAGCAGAUGCAACAAAACAAGAAAGAGAUGAUGAAGGAGAAAAAUCUAUUACAAAUACAGAUAUUAAAGCAGAAAUAGAUUCUCAGAACCAAAAUGAAACUAGAAGAAGCAAACGUAAAUUAGUCCGACGAAACAUCGAAACAAAACGAGAUUCUGAUGAAGAAAAUUAUUUUGAAAAUUUGAAUUUAACUUCAAGAUUGAAAAAAUCCUUAGAUCAAUCGGAAAAAAUUUUUUUUCUGUGCUACUUGUGUGACAAAGAGUUCUUAUCAAAGAAUAUAUUGAAAGAACAUAUGCAUUCUCAUGAAGAAGUUCGAAAAGCAUUGUCUUUGAAAAAACUACCAGAUACACCACAAAAGAAUAUUUACAAUCUUGCAAAAUCGCCUCCAUCAGGUAAAAGAUCGAACAAAUGUCCCUAUUGUGGUAAACAAUAUAUAUAUAUAAUUUCGUUCAGUAAACAUUUAAAGAAACAUGAAAGAGAAAAAGAAGAGGGAAAAGAUGAAUCAAUGCCUUUAGAAAUAUCAUUCCAUGAAGAUGAACACAGUUUAGAUUUUGAUGAUUAUGAAGAUACACGACGAUAUUCAGAUAUUGAAUAUCGAAAAAAGGCCAAACAAAAAAAAGAAAACAUUGCUAGGGAAAUAGGAAGGGAAGGAAUAGAAGAAGAACAGAAUCAAAAUGUCUAUAGAAAAGAAGAUGAAAGGAAUAAAAUUAAAAGUAUUAGUAAUAGUGACUGUGGAAACAAUAACAAUAACAAUAACAAAAAUAAUGAUCACGAUGACAAUGAUGACGAUGAUGACGAUGACUAUGACAAUGAUAAUCAAAUGAUAGAGAAUCGCAGUAUUCGUAUAAAAACAUUUACAUGUGAUAAGUGCACAGAGAAAUUUUAUACGAAACGUAAUUUACGAAAACAUACAAUGUCGCAUACUGCUCUUAAGUGCAGUAUAUGUGAAGAAGAAUUCGAUUCGCUAGAAAAAUUAAGGAAUCAUCGAACAAAACACGUUAUUGAAGGUGUGUUAACUGAACAAGAACUCGAAAUGGAUACAAAAAAUUCGAUCAAUAAUGAAGCAAAUAAUUAUGAAACAAUGGAUAAAGAAAGUGAAGAAAAGAAUUGCGGAAUAGAAAAUGAAUCACUUUUGCCAGAAAUUGAAAAUAAUACUUCAAAAAAAAACGACAGAAGCAUGGAGAUUCAUCAUCAUUCUGGAACCAACUAUAAUUGCAAGAUGUGUUAUCAACAAUUUGCAACAAAGGAUCUAUUGCAGAAGCAUAUGGAACAACAUGAACGUAUAAAAACUUACAAAUGUACACAAUGUAAUAAAACAUUUGGUAAUGAACUUACAUUACGUAAUCAUCUUAUAGCUACAAAUCAUAAAACUUUCCUUCAUGGGCAAGAAUAUGAUCCUAAUAAACGUAUUAAAAGAGUUGCUGCGAAAGCUGCACAAAAAAUUAUAGAUAAAAUUAAAACUGAAGAUGGCUUAGAAGAUUAUGAUGAAGAAGAAAAUAACGAUAGGAUAAAUCGUGCUUAUUCUACAGAUAAUAACCGGAAUAAGCGAGAAAUUUUUUCGCAAAAGAGACAUAAUUAUAAAAAAGAAUUGGAAUGUGCAAGUUGUAAUAAAAAAUGUAAUUCAAAGCAAUCAUUAACAAAACAUAUGGAGCAACAUGUGAAAGAUGAACAACAACGAGGUAUAAAAUUGGAAAAACAAAAGCAAUCAACAGAAAAAAAAGAACGACAAAAGGAUUGUUCUAAUGAAGAGAUAGAUCAUAGUGAAAACAGAGAUGAUUACGAUUCAGAUUUUGAAAGUGGUUUAGAUUGGCCAAUGGAUAAUCAUGAAUGCGCAAAAUGUAAAAAACGAUAUAGUACGAAAAAAUCGUUGUUACGUCACCAAUUGCUACAUGAAGAACCAAAUUUCGAAUGCGAUAUUUGUAACGUCAAAUUCUACCGUAAAGACAAAUUAAAAGCUCAUUAUGAUAAAUGUUCUGAGAAAAAUCCCGAUCAAGUAAGAAAAUGUAAUAUCUGUGGAGAUACUUUCGAAAACAACGAAAUUUUGCGAGAACAUAGAGCAAAACAUGUUACGGAGGGUAUUCUUACAGAGGAAGAUUUAAGAGAUAUUGAACCGCGACCUGAAGAGAAAAAACCAGGUGAAAAAAUUGGAAGGAAGAGAAGAACCGAUAUUGUAGGUUUAGAAUGUACAGAAUGUAACAAACAAUAUACAUCAAGGAAAGGGCUUUUACGACAUAUUCAAGUUCAUGAAGGAAAAAAGUACUUAUGUGAUAUAUGUCCAAAAAAAUUUUAUAGAAGGGAACAUUUAAAAAUACAUGUAGCGAAACAUAAUAUGAUUAAACCAUAUAAAUGUACACGUUGUACAAAGCGUUUCAUUAAAGAAGAACAAUUAACAAAUCAUUUAUCAAAGCAUGAUCGAACAUUUAAAAAAAACAAAGAAACUGAUAGCUCAAAAAGAUUUCUUUGCGAGAUUUGUUCCAAAAGUUUCACACAAUCGACAACGUUAAUUGCACAUCUUAGAGCCCAUAAUGGCAUAAAACCAUAUGUUUGCGAGGUUUGUUCACGACCAUUUACAACGAACGCCUAUUUAAAAAUGCAUAUGAGGACACAUACUCAGGAACGACCAUAUAUUUGUCAAUAUUGUUCACGAGCAUUUGCUAGAGCUGAUACUCUUGCUAAUCAUUUAACUUCACAUACAGGCGAAGCUAAAUAUCAUUGUAAAUACUGUCCAAAGAAUUUUCGUCGUCUUAAAUCGCUCAAAGAACACGUUUUUAUUCAUACUGGUCAAAGACCUUAUGCCUGUCCUACCUGUGACCGACGAUUCAAUAACAAUGGAAGUCGUUACGCUCAUAGUAAAAGAUGUAAACAAAAUUUUGUCCAAAAUCAGAAUCGUACUCAAACAUUAAUUACACAAGUACAACCAGCUCAAAAUCAACAAAGAGUGCUACAACAGACUACACUUGGACAAGGACAAAUAGUAAAGGCUCAAAAUAUUAAAACAAUUACUAUUACUAGGCAACCUGAACCAGUCACUGCUCAACAAACAGUUAUGCAACAUCAGGAGAUAUUAAUGCCUUUAAUUCUCCCUCUUACAGUCACUCUUACUGAUGUUGGUGAAGAAGUAAUUUUACCAGAAGGAACCAAAAUAUUUACUACAUCAUAAAUUAAUACAUAAUUCUUUUGCGUAUUUUCUGAAUUCUUUUUUCUAUUACAAAAACAAAAAUAUCUUAAUUGUAAGAAAAAAUAUAAGAAACAAAUUGAAAAUGCAGAAAUUGAACAUGAUAUUUUUGACUUUGUAUUAUAUGUUGUAUAUCUCUGUUUAUAUUUAUGAGCUAUAACUGUUAUAAACUAUUGGGAUUGGAUAAAAUAGUUUAGAACAUAAAAAAUAUAAAAUGAAAGAAAAAGAAAGAAAACAAAAAAAAAACAAAAAUAAUCAAAUUUUUUCAUAAAAAUAAUUUGAUGUUUUCUUUCUGGAUGUUUCUAAAUAAUCAUUUAUUUUAUUCAUUCCAAGCAAUUAUUUUAAAAAAAUAAUUAUUCUAUGUCAUAUAUUUCAAAUCAGUUCAUUUAAAUUGUUUCUUGUAUGCUGUGUGUAUCUUUUUUCAGUUAUUUCUGUUUGGAAAGUAAUUAUUAUUGCGAUUUAUAAACAUAAAAAUACGUAUAUGCAUAAAUAUACAUGUAUGUAUGUACGCAGAUAUGUUGAAUAAUAUCGUGUGAAAAUAUUUUAUGAAAUUCAUUUAUAAAUUUAUAUUUUAUUUAAAAUAAUUAUUGAACAUUCUAUUCAAUUUAAUGACAAUUAAUGUUUUCAAACAAUACGAAUAUACAUAAUAUAAUCAAUAGUAAAUUUUUGACUUUAUUAUAAAUAAAUAAUUUUUUAAUAUUGUUAUAAUAAUAAGUAUUAAAAAAAAUUAUCAUCGUAAUUUAAUAAUUAUUAAAGCAACAUUUAGUCUUAAAAAAUUAUAAUCUACUUCAAAAAAUUACUGAAAAAUUAUAAACUAAUGUACAAACAAAUUUGCUGCUUUUUAUCUGUAUAUUGAACACGUUAUUCAUUAUAUUAUAUUCACAUAUUCAUUUUAUUAUAACAUAUAAUUAUGGUGUAUAUACCGAUUGAUCUUAAACAUAAAGAAACCGUUAUCCAAAGAAUAUAUUAUACAUUGUAUGAAAAGUUUAACAUAAUUUUUUACAAAAUAUGGAUUUUUAAUUAGAAGAAAAAAGAAAUUUCAAGAUUGUAUACAAAUUAUGUGAAUGAUAAUAUUAAAAGUAAUUGCAUUUCUUAUGUAACAUGAUAUCGAUGGAAUGACCAUCAAUUUUAUAAUUAGAUACAAUGCAUUUAUUUAACCAGAUUGUUUCAAUUUUUCAAUUUCGCAAAAAAUUCUUUAUGAUACUUGUUAUGUGUGCAUAUGUAUAUUCAGUACAAUACAUUAUAUUAAAAUUUGUAAAAUAAAAUUAAAAACUUACAAAAAAGAAAUUAUGUGCUAUUACAAUGUAUUAUGUUUUACUUUCAAUGGAUGCGGAUAUAUGUGAUUUAUGAUUCAUUUGUACAUAUACUUAAAUACUGUGAAUAAAAUAUAUUCAUAAUAUCAAAA